AUAUGCAGUCGAGCGAGAUUUACGAAUAUGUGAGCACACACUUUAGUUUUUCGUUAGGAACGGUACGCUUGUUCUGUCGCGCACCAAAUAUUUUCGGCCCCAAUGCAAAUGCAAACGCUUUUACGGCGUGUGUAGUGCAUUCAAAAUUAUCAGAUACCCGACGGUGUCCACAGUUUCCAGAGAAGUGACCGAGGAAUCGAUGCAUUCAGCGGAAACGGAAGAAACUCGCGCCUGGGUGGAAAAAAAUUAAUCUUUGACGCGGUUUAAAUAAAGGCUGCACGACACUUCGAGGGCUUUUAUGUGAUUAUUACUAUGAAAUUGGAUGAAAUAGUUGCAUGGUACCAGAAGAGAAUCGGCACCUAUGACAAGCAAGAAUGGGAAAAGACCGUCGAACAGAAGAUCUUGGAUGGCUUUAAUAAUGUCAAUUUAAAAAACACAAAGCUAAAGACGGAUCUAAUCGAUGUGGACUUGGUGCGAGGUUCCACCUUCCCCAAGGCCAAGCCCAAGCAGUCGCUACUUACCGUGAUACGCCUAGCCAUUCUGCGCUAUGUACUGCUGCCCCUUUAUGCCCAGUGGUGGGUCAAGCAGACCACGCCCAACGCAUUCGGCUUCAUCCUGGUCCUCUACCUCACACAAUUGUCCAACUGGGCUAUCUACGUUCUCCACAGCAGUCGUAUAGUGCCCCUUGUCUAUGAAAAGCAGUCAAAUGGAACACUGCUUCAGACAGAGGCAGAUGGAGAUAUCUCUGAUAAGGAUGCAGAUAAGGAGUACGAGGAACAUGCCGACCUCCUCAGCGCCCUGCUUAUACCUUGCGCCCUAAGCCUGCUGAUCAGUCUUAUCCACUCGCAGAUUGUAGCCACCAACACCGCCACGAGCGGCUCUGGCGGAAGUAGCAAGAACAAGCUGCGUCGCAUAUCUGUAAGCUGCUUAAGCGACAAGGCUGCAACCCGGGAGCACCGGGUGCGACGCCGCAAGAAGUUUGUGCGAGUUCGGCAAGUGGAAGUUGACCUGUCCCAGGCCAGCAGUAACAUAUCACUUCCAAAUAGAAGAACAGCAACCGCCCCCAUCGAAGUGCUUCCCAGACCGGUCACACCCUCGCCUUCACCCAAUGUUACCUGUCCCACGAUGUCAGAUCCCAUCAUGCCGACUACGCCUUCGCCCUCUGUUAUCAGGCGAAGCAGCAACGAGGAGACCUAUUUGACCAGGACUGCAAUCAGCCCGCUACCGCAACCCCUGGCAGACACACGCUACGAUCUCAGCAGAAAGGAAGGGGGAUCAGCUCCUGAAAGCCCCAAAAAACGCAACGUCAACUGGCACACGCCAAUUCAGAUCUACGCUACCUACGAGCUCGGUGAAGAGCCAUCCUCUAGCAAAAAGGUUGCAGAAGAGGGUACCAAGGCGGAUGAAGAAAGUGCGUGUUCGGUCAAGCCAGCCUACCAGUCUCGCCGGAGCAUAGGGGAGGACGAUGGCUUCGAGAGUCUGAAUGGAAAGAGCUCUAGUGGAGAGGACAACAACCAUUCGCCUCUGCCAAACGCGGUGGCUGUUGCUACUCCACCAGUUCCCGUCCAGACCAAUCAGCUGCGUCUGCGAUUAAACACAGCAAACGGCGCGACCGCCAGUGCUUCUCCAACCGAAAAGAAAAGCCAGUCGCGCGGGAAUGAAUCCUCAACGAGUUGCGCCGAGUCGGAUGAGUGCGAUGAUGCCGACUUUAUGUCCAGUCCCGCCUCUGCCUGUAACCAAGAGUGCACCACCUCUGCCACCGACUGGAUGGGGGUGACGACAAAUAGCGAAGACUGCAGUUACACCUCUGAUCUGGAUCACUCUGACGGUGGUUUAAAGCACACGGCCUGUAGCGACGAAGAUCCUGGAGAGCUGGAUAUCACCCCUACUACUAUACUAAAUCCACAUAGCAGCCUAGACCGUAUUAGCUGUACAAUUUGGGACCAGCGAGAUGCAAAAAAGGCGCAGCUUUCCGUGCUGGAGAUCGCGUCUUGCAUAAUCGAGCGCGUCGACUCAAUGGGCGAAGCCAACGACUACAUCUACAUAGGCGUGGUCUUCUCCUUCCUGCUCACAUUGAUUCCCAUCUUCUGCCGACUCUGCGAGGUCACACUCGGGAGCGAUGCAGAGAAGGCCAGUGAGAUAAGCUACUUUAAUAUGCCGCAGCUUCUGUGGGAGAAGUCAUCGGCAUCGUUUUUCACCCUUCUGGGCUUUGCCUUCGGCGACACCCAGUGGGAGCGCACUGUAUUGGCUCUGGGCUUUGUCCAACGCCUUUGCCUGACCCUUAUACUGUUCAUUAUAUUCGCCGUUGCAGAACGCACCUUCAAACAACGCUUUCUUUACGCCAAACUCUUCUCCCACCUCACUUCUUCACGUAGGGCUAGAAAGUCAAAUCUUCCCCACUUUCGUUUGAAUAAGGUGCGUAACAUCAAGACCUGGCUGAGCGUGAGGUCAUAUUUAAAGAAACGCGGGCCCCAGCGAUCGGUGGAUAUCAUCGUUUCCGCCGCAUUCAUAGUAACCCUCCUAUUGCUGGCUUUCCUUAGCGUCGAGUGGCUAAAGGAUUCGGUCCAUCUGCAUACACACCUUACUUUGGAGGCGCUAAUCUGGUCCAUAACGAUCGGGAUCUUUCUACUGCGCUACAUGACCCUAGGGCAGAAGAUACAGCACAAGUACCGAAGUGUGUCUGUGCUGAUUACGGAGCAAAUAAACUUAUAUCUGCAGAUUGAGCGAAAGCCGAAGAAAAAGGAGGAGCUGAUGGUGUCGAACAGCGUGCUUAAGCUGGCCGCCGAUCUGCUAAAGGAACUCGAAACGCCAUUCAAGAUCUCUGGCCUAAGUGCCAAUCCAUAUCUAUUCACAACCAUCAAGGUGGUCAUCCUCUCGGCCCUAUCGGGCGUGCUUAGCGAAGUUUUAGGCUUCAAGUUGAAGUUGCAUAAAAUCAAGAUCAAGUAACAGAUGCAUGGCGCAGACCCGUCAUAUUUUGUAGUACAACUUUUUCGAAACGCUUUAAAAGAAAUCUAACACUACACUUUAAAUUAGUUAAGUGAAUAAAUUUAAGCGAGCCAAUGUU